AUGCUGCUCCAUAUAGUUAAAGGUUCAACUUCUUUUCAAAGUCUUCGCACAGUGAAAAAUGUCAUUUAUGACACUUUUCAAGGUGCAUGCAAAGCGUUGGGUUUAUUGGAUGACGAGUCUCAUUGGGAAAACACGCUAUCAGAACCGGUUGUACACCUAAAUAUAUGUUGUACACCUAAAUCACUAAGAUGUUUAUUUGCUAUCAUGCUAACUUUUUGUCGAAUUACUGAUCCUUUGAAGCUUUGGCAAAAUUAUCGUGAAAGUAUGGCAGACGAUAUACUGCAUCGAAAACGACAGGAAUUGUCAUCAAAUGAUAUUAGUUUUGACCAAAUUAUAUUUGAUGAAGCUUUAUUUGAAUUAAACAAAGAAGUGGAAGUUUUAUCGGGGAAAUCUAUAGAACAUUUUGUUUUCCCUUACCGAUAA